AUGGCACUCCUGGAGGUGCGGGGGCCCAGCGGCACAGUGCUCCUGGAGGUACAGGGGCCCGGCUGCUCGGCUUUCCUGGAAGCUGGUGCCCAGGUGUUGAAAAACGUUGCUGAUGCCUGUGAAGGAAUCCGGUCAUCCGCCAGUGAACUGCAGCUGCGUCGGGGGCGGAACUUGUUGGCUGUUUGGAACAGGAAGGAUGCCACACCCAGGGGGAACGGCGAGGGAUUAUCGCUCCACUUGUCGGUGCAGGAUAACUGGGAUGUGGAGGAGUUUGUCUCAAAGGUGUGCAUGGGCAGGUUUCUCAGUCAUCCCGCCUUUAAAAUCACACUUGCCGCACUUAUCAUCGGCAACGCGCUCAUCAUUGCUAGCCGGACGGAGACGGAGGUUGAAGAGAAAUACUAUGGGUUGUUCUCUGCCAUCGAUAACGUUGUCCUGACUGUCCUUACCUGUGAGGUGCUUCUCAACUGGUACUAUGGAUUCCGGCUGUACUGGAAGGACGGUUGGAACGUCGUCAAUUUUUUUAUCGUGGCAUGUCUCUGCGUGGGGCCUUUCAUCCCUGUGCUGAACAGCCAAAAGAUUUUCUGGGUCCUCAGGGUGAUGAGGCUGAUGCAGGUCUGCACGCUGGUCAAGGGGCUGGCCAGGAUGAUCCGGGUGAUCCUACAGUCCAUCCCAGACAUGGCCAAUAUCAUGGCCCUGCUCUUUGUCAUCAUGCUGGUCUUCUCAGUGUUUGGAGUGACACUUUUUGGAAAUCUGGUCCCGAUGUACUUUGGAAAUCUAGGGGCAGCUUUGUAUUCGCUCUUCAUCUGCCUCACGCAGGAUGGAUGGAUAAACAUAUAUGAGACCUUUGAGGAAGAGGGGAUCACCAUGAAAAUAGGGGGUGCCCUUUACUUUUUCAUCUUCAUCACGGGUGGGGCCUUUAUCUGCACCAACCUGCUGGUGGCUGUGGUGACGUCAAACCUGGAGCAGGCGAUGCUCGCCUAUGCUGAGCAGAAGCAGAAAAGAGACCAGCUCCUCCACCCCGACAAGUACGUGGACCGGGAGUCCGAUGUUGGGGAUGAUGACUCAUCUCCGGAGCUGAACCUGGUGCAUUUGAAAGCAGUGAUGCAGGAUACCCCCAUGACGCAUCGCCAAAUGCCGCUGAUGUACGGCAACCUGGGCAACCUGACUGAAGCUACCUGUGACGAUUUCUGUCUCAUCUUGGAAGGGAUUCAAGAGAACCUGAAACGAUACAAAGAGAUCCGGGAUGAGCUUAGCACAAUAGUCAAAGAGGUGAGGUCCAUUGCGUUCAAUAAAGAACAGGAGGAGGAGAGGGUGCUGCGAAACAUCCAGAACACCAACAUCUCUGAUGGCCUGCUUGGCAACGAGGUGGCUGCUGGGAGGUCUGGAGAUAUCCUGUCCACGCUGAUGACUCUGGAGAAGGUGAACAUGAUUGACCCAGAGGAUGUCACGUCAUCAGGGUACCACAGGGGGGCAGUGAAGCUGGCCUUCUUGAAAGCCCGACGCCAUUCUCUUCUUAACCAGUCAGUGCCUCCUUAGCUGUGCCAGAGCAGGACCAUGGAGCUGCGAGUGGGAAUCUGCCCCCGGACCGUGGAGCUGUUAGUGGAGCUGUGGCAUAAAUGCUUCUUUUGUAACGGGGGGGAUUUAUUUGCUUUACGGAGGAGACGCUUCUGUCUUUGGGAUGCCGAGGAGCGAGUGUGGACAAGGGGUCGGAGCUCCAAGGAGCACGUGCCAUGAAAUACCAGCUUCUAGUCGGACAAAGCCAGACCUGGAGGAGUGGCAAGAGACAGGGGUGGCUUGGAUUAAUGCCAGGUCUGUCAUGUUUGCUGGGUCCAUUGGGAUGACUCUGAUGUGGCCUGGACUAUCUCUUGGAUGGAGACCAUGUCCAGCGUAUUCAUGGUUUGGUGCCUUCAAAGCACAAAGCAAAGAACAUCAGGUAGAGAAGAGUUGCUGCAGAGCCUGUGGUCAGAACUUCGGCUCCCACCCUCUUUCCCAGAGCCCCUGUGAGAACAGAGCCAUCCAGGUGGUAAGAGCAGGGAUGCAGGAUGAAGCAUUGGGUGUUCAUGCUUGUGCCUGUAAAAGGGGCUUCUCUUGCAGCAUCAGGAAUGGAUGCAAUGUCUAAAUCUGGGAAAUGUAUGGUGGAGCAGAAGAUGUGUCCAUAACGUUGUCCUGGCUGGUGCCUCCUCAAGACUCUACCGACAAGCAGCUACCUGGCAGUGCAGGACUAGUUUGCACAGGCCAUGCCCUGUGCAGUGAGUGGAAAAGGGCUGAUGAAAUUAUUUUGCACUUUUAAUACCUAUUGUCAAGUUCUGGACCAUGUUUCCUAUCUUGGCUGCUCAUGCUGGUGAGUGACACAACCCGGUGAGGUGCUGACAUGUCUCCUGGAUGGGAUCGUUUGACAUUUCAAAGCCAGGAGGUGCCACAUCUGCGUUUCCCACCCAGCGCUCUCCAAACUUCAGGUGCAGAAGGCUGUUGCUCUGAUUCAGCUGUAUCUGCCCCCAUGUUUGCUGGGCUGGAUUCACUCCAGCACUCAUGUAACCUUGCAUUAAAAUGAGCAGUGUCUGAGGAAGGUAGCUGGUGCCAGCAUAUUUGAGACUAUUACUUGUCAAGAAACAUGUGACUUGUGUUGAUCAGGUGUGAUUCUUGUGCUGGUCUCGGAUGAAUGAUCAUAAUAAAGAGCAUCGAGUGGUGUUUCCGUGGCCGUUAUGUUCUGUGGCAAAGUUCCUCCUCUACCUUGGUGGGUCCUGUGCUUAUUGGCGGAUUUGCUCAUCUCACAGAUUCACCCUGUGAGUCGGGAAACAGCCCAGAGACCUUCCCCUCUGGUAGAAGCCACAGUCCAGGUCAAUUCCUCCUGUGUUUGAUCGGGAGUGGGAGGUUUGGGGGGAACCCAGGCCCACCCUCUACUCCAGGUUCCAGUGCAGGACCCUGUGGUCUGCAGCUGUCUAGAGUGCCUCCUGGUACAGCUGUACAACAGCUACAACUCCCUGGGCUACUUCUCCAUGGCCUCCUCCCACGUCUUUCUCCUCACCACAGGACCUUUCUCCUGGUGUCUGAUAAUGCUUGUACUUCGCAAUCCUCCAGCAGUAUGCCUACUCACUCAGCUUCUCGCGCACACUUUCUCUCUGGCUCCCCUUGGGCUGACUGGAGUGAGCCCUUUUAUAGCAUCAGAGGGGCCUUAAUUAGAGUCAGGUGCUUAACAGCCUCACCUGACUCUUAGCAGGUUAAUUGGAGUCAGGUGUUCUCAUUAGCCUGGAGCAGCCCCUGCUCUGGUCACUCAGGGAACAGAAAACUGCUUAUCUAAUGGCCAGUAUAUCUGCCUUCUACUACUCUGCUGUUCCCAACUGGCCUGGGUCUAUCACAGUGCCCAUUUCACCUUGUUCAGUGUUUGAGUCUAAAGGAUGUCUACACUGCAGUCACAGGGUAUGUGUGACAUUCUAUACGUUGGGGGAGCAUCCUGUAAUCCCCAUAUUCCUCAGUUUUACAUAAUUGUGAUCUCACAUAUAAAGCAGGCCAUGUGAGGUAUCCGGGUAAAGGCUUUGAUCUGCUGAGAGUCAUCUCUCUAUCCAUAGAUGUGUGUCAUUAAUGCAUAUGAAGUUAUGAGAAUUGUGUUGUUUGGUUGUCACUAAAACAUGCUGUGAGUUGGGGAAGCAACCAGAUAUUAGCUCCCCAGAGGCAACAGCAAGGGAAGUAACCAACAUCUGGGCAGGGUGAAAAACAACCCAUCAACAAUCAUUGUCCACCAAGGGAGCUACAAUUCAAUGGCCCACCUGCAUGAGGCCACACCAGGGGAAUCUCUCAACCUUGCCUGGGGACGCAGCAAUGCCCCCCAGACAUGCCUGGACUUGUACUUCCCAAGCACACGGGACUGAGGCUAUAAAACAGAACACAGUGGCCACAUGCUGGGCCUUUCUCCUUCACCCACCUAUGCUGCAAGCAACAAGGACACUGAACAAGACUUGAGACUCCAACAGAGGAUACUGGCCCAGAUUUAAGGGACAAAUCUGUAUAUUAAGGACUGCAAUGUCCAGGGGGUGAGAAAAACUGCUUAAUCUAGAUGUUGCCCAGUCUAAUAGGGUUGAGAGUUUAGACUGUGUGCUCAGAUUUUCUUUUCUUUUGGUAACUAA